AUGCAGCUGUUGGGGUUCCUCGGCCUCCUCUGGAUGCUCAAGGCCUCCCCAUGGGCCACAGGAACUUUAUCCACGGCCACAUCCACCUCUCAUGUGACUUUCCCCAGGGCGGAAGCAACCCGCGCUGCCCUCAGCAAUUCUCCACACUCCAGAGACCUGGCUGAGUGGCCACUCGGUGUCCCCCAGCUCGCCUCUCCUGCUCCCGGCCACAGGGAAAAUGCACCUAUGACGCUCACUACUUCCCCCCAUGACACACUCAUCUCUGAAACAUUGCUCACCUCUCCAGUCAGUUCCAACACCUCAACCACCCCGACGUCCAAGUUUGCCUUCAAGGUCGAAACCACUCCACCCACCGUGUUGCUCUAUUCGGCCACCACUGAGUGCGUGUAUCCAACGAGCUUUAUAAUCACCGUCUCCCACCCCACCUCCAUCUGUGUGACCACGACGCAGGUGGCCUUCACCAGCUCUUACACCCCCACUCCCGUGACACAGAAGCCAGUGACCACCGUCACCAGGACUUACCCUAUGACCACUACUGAGAAAGGAACGUCAGCCAUGACAUCUUCUCCCUCUACCACCACUGCUAGGGAAACUCCCAUAGUGACAGCGACACCCUCCUCCUCUGUGUCAGCCACAGACACAACCUUCCACACUACAAUCUCCUCUACAACUAGAACCACAGAAAGGACUCCCCUGCCCACUGGAAGCGUCCAUACAACCAUGUCCCCAACCCCAGUAUUUACCACUCUCAAAACAGCAGUGACUUCCACUUCCCCCAUCACUUCUUCAAUCACUUCCACAAAUACAGUGACUUCUAUGACAACGACCACCUCCCAGCCCACAGCCACUAAUACAUUGUCAUCACCCACCAGGACCAUUUUAUCUUCCACACCUGUCCUGAGCACAGAAACAAUCACCAGUGGUAUCACAAACACUACCCCUCUAUCCACCUUGGUGACCACACUCCUCACUACCAUCACCAGGUCUACACCUACAUCUGAGACCACCUACCCUACUUCUCCUACCAGCACUGUCACAGACUCCACAACCGAAAUCACCAACUCCACAAGUAUGACAGGUACAUUGUCCACAGAGACUUCUCUCCCAUCCACCUCUUCCUCUCUCCCAACCACAGAAACAGCCACGACUCCUACGACAAACUUGGUAACCACCACCACUGAGAUCGCCUCCCACAGUACUCCCACCUUCUCUUCUUCAACCAUCUACUCCACAGUCAGCAUAUCCACAACUACCAUGUCCUCACUUCCCCCUACCUCAGGUACCAUAGUGACUUCCACAACCAUGACCCCAUCUUCUCUGAGUACAGACAUCCCUUCCACAACACCAACAACUAUCACCCACCAUUCGAUGGGCUCUACCGGUUUCCUGACUACAACAGAACUCACAUCAACAUUCACUGUUUCCAGUUCCUCAGCAAUGUCCACAAGUGUCAUUCCAUCUUCCCCCAGCAUUCAGAAUACAGAAACCUCAUCCCUUGUCAGCAUGACCUCUGCCACUACUCCCAGUGGGAGACCAACUUUUGCAAGUACACUCAGCACUCCUACAAGUUCCUUCCUGACGACCUUCCCAGCAACAUAUUCAUUUUCAUCUUCCAUGUCUGCCAGCAGUGCCGGGACCACUCACACAGAGAGUAUCUCCUCACCUCCAGCCAGCACCAGUACACUCCACACAACAGCUGAAUCCACACUGUCACCCACUACCACCACCUCAUUCACAACUUCCACAACUAUGGAACCACCUUCAACCACUGUAGCAACUACAGGAACAGGUCAGACCACCUUCACCAGCUCUACAGCCACAUUCCCUGAGACCACUACACUGACUCCUACAACUAACAUGUCCACAGAAUCUCUCAUAACAGCCAUGACUUCUCCCCCCAUCACUUCAUCAGUCACUUCCACAAAUACAGUGACUUCUAUGACAACUACGACCUCUCCUCCCAUAACCACCAAUUCUUUUACAUCACUGACCAGUAUGACUCUGUCUUCUACACCUGUCCCAAGCACAGAAGCAAUCACCAGUGGCACUACAGACACAAUCCCUCCAUCUAUCUUGGUGACCACACUCCCCACUCCAAAUGCCUCAUCUGUGACUACAUGUGAGACCACCUAUCCUAAUUCUCCGACUGGUCCUGGUACAAACUCCACGACUGAAAUCACCUAUCCCACCACUGUGACAGAGACAUCAUCCACUGCCACCUCUCUUCCACCCACCUCUUCCUUGGUCUCAACCGCAGAAACAGCCAAAACUCCUACCACAAACUUGGUAACCACCACCACCAAGACCACCUCACAUAGUACCACCAGCUUCACUUCUUCAACCAUCUACUCCACAGCCAGCACAUACACAAAUGCCAUCACCUCAGUUCCCACUACGUUGGGUACCGUGGUAACUUCUACAUCCAUGAUCCCAUCUACUGUGAGUACAAGUAUCCCCUCACAACCAACAACCAUCACUCCCUCAUCCGUGGGCAUCAGUGGUUCAUUACCUAUGAUGACAGACCUCACCUCAGUGUACACAGUCUCCAGCAUGUCUGCAAGGCCAACAACUGUCAUUCCCUCAUCUCCCACUAUCCAGAAUACAGAAACCUCAAUCUUUGUUAGCAUGACGUCUGCUACCACCCCCAGUGGAGGACCAACUUUCACAAGUACUGAGAACACUCCAACAAGGUCCCUCCUGACAAGCUUUCCAAUGACACAUUCAUUCUCUUCUUCUAUGUCUGAAAGUAGUGCUGGGACCACUCACACAGAGAGUAUCUCCUCACCUCGAGGCACCACCAGUACACUCCACACAACAGUUGAAUCCACCCCGUCACCCACUACCACCACCUCAUUCACCACAUCCACAACGAUGGAACCACCUUCAUCCACUGUAUCAACUACAGGCACAGGUCAGACCACCUUCCCCAGCUCUACAGCCACAUUCCCUGAGACCACUACACUGACUCCUACAACUGACAUUUCUACAGUAUCUCUCACAACAGCCAUGACUUCUACUCCUCCCAUCAGUUCUUCAAUCACUCCAACCAAUACAGUGACUACUAUGACAACUACGACCUCUUGGCCCACAGCCACUAAUACGUUGUCAUCACUCACCAGUAGCAUUUUAUCUUCUCCACCUGUCCCAAGCACAGAAAUGAUCACCAGUCAUACCACAAACACCACCCCUCUAUCCACCUUGGUGACUACACUCCUCACUACCAUCACCAGGUCUACACCUACAUCUGAGACCACCUACCCUACUUCUCCCACCAGCACUGUCUCAGACUCCACGACUGAAAUCACCUAUUCCACAAGUAUAACAGGUACAUUGUCCACCGCCACUACUCUCCCACCCACCUCUUCCUCUCUCCCAACCACAGAAACAGCCACGAUGACUCCUACCACAACCUUGAUAACCACCACCCCCGAUACCACCUCCCAUAGUACUCCUAGCUUCACUUCUUCAACCAUCUACUCCACAGUCAGCACAUCCACAACUGCCAUCUCCUCAGCUUCCCCUACCUCAGCUACCGUGGUGACUUCCACAACCAUGACCCCAUCUUCUCUGAGUACAGACAUCCCUUCCACAACACCAACAACUAUCACCUACCCUUCUGUGGGCUCUACUGGUUUCCUGACUGCAGCAACAGACCUCACAUCAACAUUCACUGUUUCCAGUUCCUCAGCAAUGUCCACAAGUGUCACUCCAUCUUCCCCCAGCAUCCAGAAUACAGAAACCUCAUCCCUUGUCAGCAUGACCUCUGCCACCACUCCCAGUUUGAGACCAACUAUCACAAGUACUGACAGCACUCCAACAAGUUCCCUCCUGACUACCUUCCCAAGUACAUAUUCAUUUUCCUCUUCCAUGUCUGCCAGCAGUGCAGGGACCACUCACACAGAGACUAUUUCCUCACUUCCAGCCAGCACCAAUACAAUCCACACAACAGCUGAAUCCACCCUGUCACCCACUACCACCACCUCAUUCACCACAUCCACAAUGAUGGAACCACCUUCAACCACUGUAGCAACUACAGGCACAGGUCGGACCACCUUCCCCAGCUCUACAGCCACAUUCCUUGAGACCACUACACUGACUCCUACAACUGACAUUUCUACAGAAUCUCUCACAACAGCGAUGACUUCUACUCCCCGCAUCAGUUCUUCAAUCACUCCCACCAAUACAAUGACUUCUGUGAGAACUGUGACCUCUUGGCCCACAGCCACUAAUACGUUAUCAUCACUCACCAGUAGCAUUUUAUCUUCUACACCUGUCCCAAGCACACAGAUGACCACCAGUCAUACCACAAACACCAAUCCUGUAUCCACGUUGGUGACUACACUCCCCAUUACCAUCACCAGGUCUACACCUAUAUCUGAGACUGCCUACCCUAGUUCUCCCACGAGCACUGUCACAGAGUCCACGACUGAAAUCACCUAUCCCACCACUAUGACAGAGACAUCAUCUAUUGCCAUCUCUCUUCCACCCACCUCUUCCUUGGUCUCAACCGCAGAAACAGCCAAAACUCCUACCACAAACUUGGUAACCACCACCACCAAGACCACCUCACAUAGUACCACCAGCUCCACUUCUUCAACCAUCUACUCCACAGCCAGCACAUACACAACUGCCAUCACCUCAGUUCCCACAAACUUGGGUACCAUGGUGACUUCUACAUCCAUGAUCCCAUCUAGUCUGAGUACAGAUAUCCCUACCUCACAACCAACAACCAUCACUCCCUCAUCCGUGGGCAUCAGUGGUUCAUUACCUAUGAUGACAGACCUCACCUCAGUAUACACAGUCUCCAGCAUGUCUGCAAGGCCAACAACUGUCAUUCCUUCAUCUCCCACUGUCCAGAAUACAGAAACCUCAAUCUUUGUUAGCAUGACGUCUGCUACCACUCCCAGUGGAGGACCAACUUUCACAAGUACUGAGAACACUCCAACAAGGUCCCUCCUGACAAGCUUUCCAGUGACACAUUCAUUUUCCUCUUCCAUGUCUGCCAGCAGUGUAGGGACCACUCACACCGAGAGUAUCUCCUCACCUCCUUCCAUCACCAGUACACUCCACACAACAGCUGAAUCCACCCCAUCCCCUACAAUCACCACGUCAUUCACAACAUUUACAACGAUGGAAACACCUUCAUCCACUGUAGCAACUACAGGCACAGGUCAGACUAUAUUCACCAGUUCAACAGCCACAUCCCCUGAGACCACCACACUGACUCUUACCCCUGACAUUUCCACAGGAUCUUUCAAAACAGCAGUGAGUUCUACUCCCCCCAUCACUUCUUCAAUCACCUCCACAUAUACGGUGACUUCUAUGACAACUACCACCCCUCUAGGGCCCACAGCCACUAAUACGUUACCAUCAUUCACCAGUAGCGUUUCAUCUUCUACGCCUGUGCCAAGUACAGAAGCGAUCACCAGUGGUACCACAAACACCACUCCUCUAUCUACCUUGGUGACCACAUUCUCCAAUUCCGACACCAGUUCUACACCUACAUCUGAGACCACCUACCCUACUUCUCUUACUAGUGCUCUCACAGAUUCCACGACCAGAACCACCUAUUCCAGCAGUAUGACAGGUACAUUAUCCACUGUGACCUCUCUCCGACCCACCUCUUCCUCUCUCCCCACCACAAUAACAGCCACAGUUCCGAGAACAAACUUGGUAACCACGACCACCAAGACCACCUCACACAGUACUCCUAGCUUCAUUUCUUCAAUCGCAACCACCAAGACGCCCUCACACAGUACUCCCAGCUUCACUUCUUCAAUCACCACCACUGAGACCACCUCACACAGUACUCCCAGCUUCACUUCGUCGAUCACCACUAGCGAGACCACCUCACACAGUAGUCCUAGCGUCACUUCUUCGAUCACCACCACCGAGACCACCUCACACAGUUCUCCCAGCUUCACUUCUUCGAUCACCACCACCGAGACCACCUCACACAGUACUCCCAGCUACACUUCUUUGAUCACCACAACUGCCACCACCUCACACGGUACUCCUGGCUUCACUUCUUUGAUCACCACCACUGAGACCACAUCCCACAAUACUCCCAGCUUGACUUCUUCGAUCACCACCACCGAGACCACAUCCCACAGUACUCCCAGCUUCACUUCUUCAAUCACCACCACUGAGACCACAUCCCACAGUACUCCCAGCUUCACUUCUUUGAUCACCAUCACUGAGACCACCUCACACAGUACUCCCAGCUACACUACCUCAAUCACCACCACUGAGACCCACUCACACAGUACUCCCAGUUUCACUUCUUCAAUCACCACCACCGAGACCACCUCACACAGUACUCCCAGCUUCACUUCCUCAAUCACCACCUCUGAGAUGCCCUCACACAGUACUCCCAGCUUCACUUCUUCGAUCACCACCACUGAGAACACCUCACACAGUACUCCCAGCUUCACUUCUUCAAUCACCACCACCGAGACCACAUUCCACAGUACUCCCAGCUUCACUUCUUCAAUCACGACCACCGAGACCACAUUCCACAGUACUCCCAGCUUCACUUCUUCAAUCAGGACCACCGAGACCACCUCUCACAGUACUCCCAGCUUCACUUCUUCAAUCACCACCACAGAAACCACCUCACACAGUACUCCAAGCUACACUUCUUUGAUCCCCACAACCGAGACCACUUCACACAGUACUCCCAGCUUCACUUCUUCAAUCACCACCACCGAGACCACCUCACACAGCACUCCCAGCUUCACUUCUUUGAUCACCACCACCGAGACCACCUCACAGAGUACUCGCAGCUUCACUUCCUCGAUCGCCACCACUGAGACCACAUCCCACAGUACUCCCAGCUUCACUUCUUUGAUCACCACCUCUGAGACCCCCUCACACAGUACUCCCAGCUUCACUUCUUUGAUCACCACCACCGAGACCCCCUCAAGCAAUACUCCCAGCUUCACUUCUUCGAUCACUACCACCGAGACCACAUCCCACAGUACUCCCAGCUUCACUUCUUCGAUCACCGCCACUGAGACGACAUCCCACAGUACUCCCAGCUUCACUUCUUUGAUCACCAUCACGGAGACCGCCUCACACAGUACUCCCAGCUACACUACCUCAAUCACCACCACCGAGACCCCCUUACACAGUAUUCCCAGCUACACUACCUCAAUCACCACCACUGAGACCCCAUCACACAGUACUCCCAGCUUCACUUCUUCAAUCACCACCACCAAGACCACAUCCUACAGUACUCCCAGCUUCACUCCUUCAAUCAGGACCACCGAGACCACAUCCUACAGUACUCCCAGCUUCACUUCUUCAAUCACCACCACUGAGACCACCUCACAGAGUACUCCCAGCUUCAGUUCUUCAACCAUCUACUCCACAGUCAGCACAUCCACAACUGCCAUCACCUCACAUUUUACUACGUCAGAGACUGCGGUGACUCCCACACCCAUAACCCCAUCUUCUCUGAGUACAGACAUGCCGACCACAACCCUACGAACUCUCACCCCUUCAUCUGUGGGCACCAGCACUUCAUUGACUACAACCACAGACUUUCCCUCUAUACCCACUGAUAUCCGUACCUUACCAAUCCGAACACACAUCAUUUCAUCUUCUCCCUCCUUCCAAAGUACAGAAACCUCAUCCCUUGUGGGCACCACCUCUCCCACCAUGUCCACUGUGAGAACAACCCUCAGAAUUACUGAGAACACCCCAAUCAGUUCCUUUAGCACAAGUAUUGUUGUUACACCUGAAACCCCAACACAGACCCCUCCUGUACUGACGUCAGCCACUGGGACCCAAACAUCUCCUGCACCUACUACUGUUACCUUUGAAAGUACGGAUUCCUCCACGUCCACGAUUCAUAUGAUUACUCCAUCAACAGCCUUGAGCACGAUCAUGUCAACAUCACAGGUUCCUAUUCCUAGCACACAUUCCUCCACCCUUCAAACAACUCCUUCUACUCCCUCAUUGCAAACUUCACUCACAUCUACAAGUGAGUUCAGUACAGAAUCUUUCACUAGGGGUAGUACGUCUACAAAUGCAAUCUUGACUUCUUUUAGUACCAUCAUCUGGUCCUCAACACCCACUAUUAUCAUGUCCUCUUCUCCGUCUUCUGCCAGCAUAACUCCAGUGUUCUCUACUACCACUCAUUCUGUUCCUUCUUCACCAUACAUUUUCAGUACAGAAAAUGUGGGCUCCUCUUCUAUCACAGCCUUUCCUAGUCUCUCUUCCUCUGCAACUACCAGCACUUCUCCAACCAGCUCCUCCCUGACCACAGCUCUCACUGAAAUAACCCCCUUUUCUUAUAUUUCCCUUUCCUCCACCACACCCUGUCCAGGAACUAUAAAAAUUACCAUAGUCCCUGCCUCUCCCACUGAUCCGUGUGUUGAAAUGGAUCCCAGCACCAAAGCUACUUCUCCUCCCACCACCCCAUUAACAGUCUUUCCCUUUACUACCGAAAUGGUCACCUGUCCUAGCUCCAUCAGUAUGCAAACUACUCGUGCUACAUAUAUGGACACUUCUUCCAUGAUGCCAGAAAGUGAGUCCAGCAUCACACCCAAUGCUUCCAGUUCCACUGGCACUGGGACUGUACCCACAAACACAGUUUUCACAAGUACUCGACUGCCCACCAGUGAGACCUGGCUGAGCACCAGCUCUGUGGUCCCCCCACCUCUUCCUGGCGUCUCUACUGUCCCGCUCACCAUGAAACCAAGCAGCAGCCUCCCGACCAUCCCGAGGACUUCAAGCAAGUCAACACACCCCUCCCCACCCACCACCAGGACUUCAGAGACACCAGUGGCCACUACCCAGACUCCUACCACCCUUACGUCGCGCAGGACAACUCGCAUCACUUCUCAGAUGACCACACAGUCCAUGUUGACCACCACUGCAGGCACCUGUGACAAUGGUGGCACCUGGGAACAGGGCCAGUGUGCUUGCCUUCCGGGGUUCUCUGGGGACCGCUGUCAGCUCCAGACCAGAUGCCUGAACGGGGGUCAGUGGGAUGGCCUCAAGUGCCAGUGCCCCAGCACCUUCUAUGGUUCCAGUUGUGAGUUUGCUGUGGAACAAGUGGAUCUAGCUGUGGUGGAGACCGAGGUGGGCAUGGAAGUGUCUGUGGAUCAGCAGUUCUCGCCGGACCUCAAUGACAACACUUCCCAGGCCUACAGGGAUUUCAACAAGACUUUCUGGAAUCAGAUGCAGAAGAUUUUUGCAGACAUGCAGGGCUUCACCUUCAAGGGUGUGGAGAUCCUGUCCCUGAGGAAUGGCAGCAUCGUGGUGGACUACCUGGUCCUGCUAGAGAUGCCCUUCAGCCCCCAGCUGGAGAGCGAGUAUGAGCAGGUGAAGACCACGCUGAAGGAGGGGCUGCAGAACGCCAGCCAGGAUGCGAACAGCUGCCAGGACUCCCAGACCCUGUGUUUUAAGCCUGACUCCAUCAAGGUGAACAACAACAGCAAGACAGAGCUGACCCCGGAAGCCAUCUGCCGCCGCGCCGCUCCCACGGGCUAUGAAGAGUUCUACUUCCCUUUGGUGGAGGCUACCCGGCUCCGCUGUGUCACCAAAUGCACGUCGGGCGUGGACAACGCCAUCGACUGUCACCAGGGCCAGUGCGUUCUGGAGACGAGCGGUCCCGCGUGUCGCUGCUACUCUACCGACACGCACUGGUUCUCUGGCCCGCGCUGCGAGGUGGCCGUCCACUGGAGGGCGCUGGUCGGGGGCCUGACGGCGGGCGCCGCGCUGCUGCUGCUGCUGCUCCUGGCGCUGGGCGUGCGGGCGGUGCGCUCCGGAUGGUGGGGCGGCCAGCGCCGAGGCCGGUCCUGGGACCAGGACAGGAAAUGGUUCGAGACCUGGGAUGAGGAAGUCGUGGGCACUUUUUCAAACUGGGGUUUCGAGGACGACGGAACAGACAAGGAUAAAAAUUUCCAUGUGGACUUGGAGAACGUGGACACCAUUAUGAAGGUGCACAUCAAGAGACCCGAGAUGACCUCGUCCUCAGUGUGAGCCCUGCGGGGCCCCUUCACCACCCCCUCCGCCCUGCCCCAACACAAGGAUCUGCAUUGCGUCCAUUUCGAGAGGUGGCCCCAGGACGUGGGCAGCCCAGGCUCCUGCUGUUCUUGGGCAAAUUGAGACUGUUCCCCCAAAUCCCAACCUUCUCUUUCCAACUUGGCUGAAACCCACCUGGAGAUGCAGUUCACGUGCAGGCUCUUCCAGUGUGGAACCUUGGGCAAGUCAGUAACGAGCCUCAGUUUCCUCACCUGCAAAACGGGUACAACAUUCCUGUAUGAUAUCUCACGCCGUUGUUGUGAAAACCACAUAGACUUGGUCAAUUCUCGGUCCUACGCUGCCCUCCCGUCUCAGCCCUCGUGUUGCCAUUGCCUCUCUCGGAUCCUCCAAUCCUCAUGUCCUUCGCCUGGUCUCUGGCCCUGGUUCCUAUUUUCUCUCAAUUCCCUACUGCAUGUUUCUUACUUUGAACUGGACGCAGCCUGCAGCCCCAUCCCAUCUCCUGCCCUCUCCUGAUCUAAGUCCCUGCUGCAUCUCUUGCUCUCAUUCCUUAGACGUCCUCCCCUUCUGACCCCGUUCCUUCAUCCAUCCUGCCCCCCAGUCCCCCAGCCCUAAAUCCUCCCUCCUCUCCUCACAUCCUGGUUCCUAGCAAGGUAUAGAUAGCCUCUGUGUCUUAGGAUACCCCAGCUGCUGUUCCCCCCAUCACCCCGUUGCCCAAUUCCCUGUUUCUCUUGCUCUCAUUCCUUGUAUCCUCUCCCCUUCUGAGCCUGUCCAUUCAUCGGUUCUGCCCCGACUCCCUCUGACCUAAAUACCCCAACUGCUGUUCCCCCCAUCACCCUGCUGCCCAGUUCUUUAUUCUCCACCCCUGGAGCCCCGUGGGUGGGGGCAGGGCAUGAGUUCCCCAGUCCCCAAGGAAAGGCAGCCCCCUCAGUCUCCCUCCUCCUCAUUCCCUUCGAUCCUCCUCCCUUCUCGCCUCACCACUGCCUUUUAAACCCAUCCCCUCCGUUUCCCCUCCUCCCCCCUCUCUGCCUGGUGUCACCUGGAUUCCUGUGGUAACUCUGAGCCCUUGAAAUCCUCAGCCUCCUUGGCGGGGAAGAUCGGCUUCGGGGACAGGAAGUCGGUACAUCUCCAGGUCUCCAUGUGAACACAAUAUAGAGUUUAUUGU